AUGCGUGUCUCCAUUGUUGGAGAUGCUGUGGAGAGUGCACUUGCGGGUAGCGUACCACCUCUAUCACCCGAGGCAGUUAGUAGCUUUGAAGUCUUUUGCGUGGCCUCUGGUUCCCGGGUUGCUGCAGAAGUCUUCGCGCUUUUAUCCAGCUCCGUCACUGAGAUGGGCUCAAAGGAUAUGUGUGUAAUUGUUGGAGAUGCUGUGGAGAGUGCACUUGAGGAAAGCGUAGCCUUUUUUUCACUCGAGGCAGUUGGAAAUUCCGAAGAUUUUUCCGUGGAAUCCGGUUCUCCAGUCGUUGUGGAAGUUCUCGUGUUUUCAUUCUGA